AUGGCCACCUUUUUCACCACAGCCUUGAAGAGCUUCAGAGGGACUGAGGAAGAGCCCAAGGAGCCCCCCAAGGAUGGGAAGGCAGCUACUCUACCCAACGGCAUGGCCCGUGAGGAGUUUGAGGAGUACCAACGGCAGCUACUGGAGGAGAAGAUAGAGCGGGACAAGGCCUUUGCUCACAAGAAAGCAGAGCGGGCCACCGUGCGGAUGCACCUGCGUGACAAGUACCGCCUGGCCCAGGAUGAGCGGGACGAUGCCCAGUUGCAUGUGGCAGGCGGCUCUGUGGAGCUGCCGGAGGAGCUGGCCGCCAUGGUGCGAAGUGAGGAGGAGGAGGAGGAGGAGGAAGAUGGGGUGCUCUCCUUUCUGACGAAGCUGCGUGAGGUGGAUUUCCAGGCGCUGAGAGGCCGGGCACAGGACACCGUGGAGGAGGUGAAGGAGAAAUGCUCCAUGAUGUAGCACCAGGCUGCCUGCUCUAGACUGGAUGCCCCUCCCACCUAUGGGUGCUGGUGAUCUGAUGGCCAGUGGAUGAGACCUGCUUCAUCAGGGCUCAGCCCCAGCUCCACAAAUCCCCUGAGGCUCCUAAAUUCCCCUAAAUUCCUUACUGAACCCUUAGGGAACUGAUAGGACAUAGAUACUAGAGAUGCCUGGGGUUUUGUCACAUGCUAGCGGUGGGCACAGGGUACCACUGGCUCUCCCCACACCCAGCAGGACACUGAUGGUCCUCCAGCCUGCAAGCUGCUCCCCAGCCCUCUACUCUGCCAGGGAUGCUGGCCCCAGCCCUGACAUCCCAUCUGUGGGUGAUGGGGUGAGCGGCAGCAAGUGGGUGUGUGUCCCGUGUGGGUGUCCUUGGCCAAGUGCCCAGGCGGACAGAGGUGACUGGGUCUAGGCUUGGUGCGCUGGCCCCAAGAACAGCCAUCCGUCACGCUGGUCUCCAGACAUGGGUCCUGCAGCCCUCAUCCUGCCCCUAGCCACCGCUUUUUCUUCUUCAGAAACAUUCCCAGACAUCACUGGUUUUGCCUGCUAAGACGACACGGUGUCCUGGGCGGGUGCCAGGACAUCUGGGUCCUGUGCAGCCAGGCGCUGCUGGGCACCUCCCUUCC